CUUUCGAUACGACUGAGUAGCAUACUAAGGGUAUCGAGGUCCUGGCGAUCUCGGAGGCGGCGGCGACGACGCGGGUGGCGUGCGUUUAGCCCCGCUCUGCGGAGAAGUGUUUUUUUGUGUUGCUGAGCGGAAACGCGAAUUUUGGCCAAUGAAAUCGCGGGAUAGGUUACGCUCGGCGCUUGUAAGACAGCCGAAUCAGCCACCAGGACGGAAGAGGACGACUUUAGCAUGUCCCGACACAUGGAGCGGGGCGGCGUGUACGACAUGGACGCGCUCCUCGGGUCCGGCGGGCCCGACCUCGAGAACUUCAGCCUCCAGUUCGACGUGCCGGGCGGCGACGCCGACGACGUCGAGCGGCUCAGCGACGACCUCGAGUACGACGAGCAAGAGAUCGAGCGCAACACGAUCCACAUCCCCGAGGACGACCUCGACGACCUUGACGACAGCGACGACGACGUCAAUCGGUCGCCGAUGUCCGAGCGCUUCUCGGGCAUGAGCGACGACAUCUUCAACGAUAGCGACAGCGACAUCUUUGGCACCGACGACCGGGACGACCGCGACGACGACGGUGGGCAUGGCGACGACCUCUACGACGAGGCGCGCGACUCGUUCGACUCGGUCACGCUCGACUCGGUCAUGAGCGACCUGAAUUUUGAGUUUGGCGGCGACACGCCGGCGAUCGAGGUUGAAAACUACUUUGAAAACCCCGACGACGAGUACGAGCUGCCCGUGUCGACAGGCGACCCGCUCUCGAUGCGCCGCGUCUCGAUCGACCACAGCGCCGCGACGCUAUCGCAGGCCACCGGCGCCAUGUACAAGCUCAUUUGGGAAGAGGGCCUCCUCGGCCUUCGGCUCAAGAUGACGUCGCUCUUCCUCCCCGCCGUGACCAAGCUCACAGGGAAAAGCUCGAUGCUCGGCAUCCACCUCGUCGAGAUUGGCGACUACCUCGUGCGCAUUGGCGACCAAGAUACGCACCGCAUGAACUUUCGAGAUGUCAUCGACCUCCUCAAGGUCGCGCAAAAGCCCGCCGCGCUCACGUUCCGACGUGCAUCCGACUCGGCCGCACCACCGAUGGAGAAGGACCUCACGUCGAAGGGCACGGGCGCCUACGCGUGGAAGAGCUCGAUUGCGCAGCGCAUUGCGGCGCGCCUCGAGGAGCUCCAGGCCGAAGAGAAGGCCAAGGAAAGCCAGGCGCCGUCGAUCGAUAUGGACAACAAGUACCCAGUGUUUUGGGAAGAAGGCCCGCUCGGCGUGAGUCUCGUCGCCAACAAGGACGUGCCGUACCCGCAGGUGACGCGCAUCACAGGGAAGAACCGGUCCGCCCAAGUCAAAGACAUUGUGCCCGGUCACUACCUCAUCUCGAUCGGCAACUACGACACGUCGUGCGGCACGUUCAACGCAGCGAUCAAGCAGCUGCACGAAGUCGUCAAGCCCGCGACCUUGUACUUUGCUCCGGACUUGCGCCAGGUCUCGCUGCGACCCGAGAUUGGACCGGACGAGUACGAGCAAGGCUGGGAAAAGAAGCAGCCGCUCGGCUUUACGCUCAAGUGCGCUCCGUACGGCACGAUCGUCGCCGACGUGGGCAUUGCGAAAACCGCCAAGGCCAAGCAAGGCAAGGCACCGUCGUCACCGACGAGCGCGAGCAUGCGCGUCGGCGACCAGCUCGUGUGGGUCAACGACGACUGCGUCGAUGGCAUCGAGUUCCACGAAGUGCUCAAAACACUGCGCCAGGCUAAGCGGCCGCUCCAGCUGCGCUUUCGGCGAGAAAAGGCGGCGAUCGAGCUCAAGCUCCAAGCGUCCAAGAAGCAGCUGUCGUCACCACCGACGGCGGUGCCCCCGCCGCCGCCGCCAACCACGAGCAACGGCAACAAGAAGGAGAAGGACAAGCACGAUGGCAUUCCGUUCACAACCAAGCUCUCGUCCGCGCUCAAAGACGCUGUCAAGAUGGGCAAAACCAAGCCGGACGACAGCGGGAAGCGCCAUUCGAUCACGCCCGAGAAGAACACGUCGCGGGGGUUCUUUGGCAAGCAGCACCAGCAACAACAACAGCAGCAGCAACAGCAAGCGUCCAACGCGACGCCUGCAACUUCGACACGGCCGACCCGAUCGACCUCCGGCAAUGCCAUCAGUGGCACGUCCGAGCGCUCGAAGCGGUCGAGUUUGCACUCGCCGCGGCAAAAGCCAUCUGCGUCAGCGACGACACCCGACAAGCACCGCACGGUGCACCAGUUGCUGGACUCGCCGGUGCCGAUCUCGUCGCCGCCGCCGCUACCGUCGCCACCGUUGUCGUCGCCCCCGCCCCCGUCGUCGUCGGUGCUCAACGGUCCGAUUUCCUCGUCGACGGCCAUGUCGCUGGACAAGGCCCACGCUGCAAUUGUGGCGGCUGCUGCUGCCACCGCUGCCGCUGCGCUCGAGCUAAAAAAGAUGAACCUCGCGGCGAUUCGCAAGUCGGAAAUGGCCGACAUGGACGACUAUAAGCAACCAGCGUCCUCGUCGUCAUCCGGUACGGUCCUACACCCACUGUCGGUGCAGCCGCAGUCGACGCACCGGUCGUCGCCACCGAAAGAAGAGCCCACGACGCCUUCGUCAAAUGCGUCUGCUUCGGACGUACCCGCGGCCAAGGUGGCGCGGUCGUCGUCGCACCCACCCGAGUCCUCGAGCAAAGGUGGCAUCUCGUUCGAGUAUGAGAUUACGUGGAGUGCGGGCCAAGAGCUUGGCGUGACGCUCAAGCCGCACCCUGAGUCGCGACGCGCGGUUGUCUCGCGUGUCACGGGCAACAACGACAAUACCAAGCGCAUGGCGCUCGGCGAUAUCCUUCUCGGGGCCAAUGGGAUUCCGUUUACGCCGCAGCAAAAGCUCAACGACACGCUUGCGAUGCUGGCCACGAUGCCCAAGCCGGUCGUGCUGCGCUUUCUUCGCCCGGCCAAGCCCGUGUACCCCGCGAGCUCGCGCAGUAGCAGCCACACACCGGCGCGGCAAGAGUACGUCCUCGAGUGGCCCGACAAGUGCCGCCUCGGGCUCCUCUUCUCGGCGCACCCGAUGACGAACGCACCAUUUGUCUCGCGCAUGGAGUACCAAAACGCGGACGACGUCGUGUGCCCGCCGCACCUCAAGCAAGUGCACCUUGGCGACAUCCUCGUGCAUCUUGGCGACACGGACCUCCGCGGCCUGCCGUUUGACCAGUGCAUUCAAGCCCUCACGGUCGUGACGCGCCCCGUGACGAUGCGGUUCCGGAGGGGCGACCUCAUUCCGCAAGCGCCCGUGCCAAAGUCGACGCCGCACCGAAAAAACUCGACCAAAAGCAGCUCGAGUUCUAGUAGCAGCAGCAGUACGAGCCACCACCAUCACCACGCGACGCCGCCCUCGCCGUCGAGCCAGCACCAUUGAUCGUCCACACCGUAUAAUUUACCCCGUGUCACCCUUGUGUUGUGUCA